CGUAGAGCCAGAGUGUUGCUAUGGUAAAGAAAUGUUGUGAAUUUUAAAAAGUAAAUUUAUUCUUUUGGGGUUUAUGUGCUUUUGACGAAGUAGACUUAGUUCAAUUCAAUAAGUUUAAAUGAAAAACAGGAAUAAAUGCAUAUUAUUUAAUAUUCUGUACAAGAAAGUCAUAUGGUGUACACAUCAGAUUUUUUAUCUUGCUUCUGUGUGUAGGUGAUGAAGUAUGAAGCAGGUUUUUCUAAACGCUGUGCUUCAUAAUUUUAUGUAUUUUCAAUUUUCUUUAAAUCUUGAUUGAUGCAAUUACUUCUCUAUGUUUUGAUUGGGGAACAUUUAAAUUAAUUUUCAGUUUAUGGAAAUCAUAAAAUUUAUUGUUUCAUUUGACACAAAAAGCAUUAUUCAAUUACAGUUUGAUCAGUAUUUUGAUGGGCAACCUUUUUUUUUGACAUGCAUAAGAUACAUUUUCCCCCCUCUCUUUGAUCUGGAUUAUUUAAAGCAUUUUUUACACUCUUAAUGUAAUAAACUUGCCAAUUAUGAUUAGAAGGAUCUAAUUUUUCAGCAGCUGCAUUUGUAUUAAGUACAAUUUCUUAAUCCAUUGAAAAAGUAGAUACUUAAACUUCCUUACUCUGUAUGCUUUAUUUUACUCCCAUUAUUAUUCAAAAUGUAUAGUUUUAGCUUUCCAUUCAAGAGGUAAGCCAAUAACAUUUACAAAUGGUUUACGAAUCGUAAAAUGUUGAAAACUUUUAAUCUAUAUGAACAUGACUGUGCAUCCCCCUCCUAAGUACAUGCUUGUUGACUGAAUAUUUGCUCUUUUCAGGGAUCUUAUGAAUUUGUAUCCGACUGAAGAAACAGCAGAUACUUUAAUGCAAGUUGUAAAGCAUUUUAUCUUAAAUUUUAGCAACAUAAAGAGUAUGAGUUAUUUUGUAAUGGUGGACACAAUAUGUUAUUUAAAUAGCAUGGCAGUGACUUAUUGCAAAGAUUUAGAUCAAGACAGCAUGAAUGUUUUGCAACUCUGUACUUUCCUUUCAAGUGUUAGCAAAGUAACUGGCCAUGAAUCACUGUGUGGAGGAACUGAUAUAAAAAGGGAUGCUUAUAGCAAAUGGAAGUUUUACCCAAUUUAUGAUGAUGAAGGUUUCCAUCUUGAAAGAGAUAAAGUUGUUGAUUUUGUAGAAUUUAUAUCAAAAGUUACUUGUAGUGCUUCAGAUCCAAAAUCAUGUAGUCUUUCUGUGGAAAAGGACAAAUUAUUACAAGCCAUACAGCUCAUAGAUCAUAUGAAAGUUAAAGGGCAAGGAAUCAUUGCUCUGAGGACUGUUUAUCUAAGUUGUAAUGUGAUCAGAUCCGAUCUUUCAGAGAAUUUUAAGUCUUCAGGGAUUUAUGUACAGCAUAUUGUGUUUCCAACCAUUCAAAGAUCAAUAGGACUUUGGAAUACUGACAUAUUUUAUGCAUUCAGUUUGCUCUUAGUUUUUCCAGAAGAAGAAAGGUUGAGGACUUUAAAUGAAUUACUAAAAUGGAGUUCUACAAAUUUACAAAGGAUAAUGCUGGUAGGAAGAAUUGGCAUGAAGUUGGGACUUUUUCUUCAAAAGACUGAAAUUCUUUCAGAAUUUGAUAGUAUUUAUAGGCGAGCAUCUCUUUUAACCAAACAAAAUAUAACAUGUGCAAAUGUGGAUGUUAUAGUUAGUCCAUCUUCACUUGAAAAAAAAUUUGAUGUUGUAAACAAGUUACUUGCAUCUUCAAAUUGUGACCUUUCUACUGUGCAUGAAUACUGUUAUGCAUUUGAAUUGCCAUCUAACCAUGUUUUAAUUGCAUACUUUAAUAAGAUUUUAACUGAUUUGGAGAAGUGUUACUUGUCAGAUUCUGAGAAUCUUGAAGAAGAUGUAAAAUGUGGUCUUAAACAUGCUGAAUUUAUUAUCAAAGACAUAAAAGAUGAAGAGUUAAUUCUAAAAAAUCUUAAUGUGCUUCUUGAAAAGGUUGGUCCUUACAGUUAUGAAAUUUUUCUUUUUAUUGAAGAACAACUUUUAAAUGUGUCAUCAAAUAUCCAAACUAUUAGCUGUGCCUCUUAUGAAUUGAACAUAAAGUUGCUAAAAUUUUUAAAAGUUUACCGAAGAAUAUCUGUUCCACUUGAAGAAGAGCUUAAUUAUUGGCGUACAUUUCAUCCAACAAAUUCAAAAUUACCAAGCAUAGCUUUCAAGCGCCUGCCAUUUAAUGCAUUUUUCAAAAAAAGCCCUUAUAAUGUUAUUGAUCCAGAGCUGAAUGCAAAUACUGUGCCUGUGUGGCUUAAAAUAGCUCCUUUAUUGAAGAUAUCUUCAGACCAACUGAUAAUUGUUGCUGUGCAGAAUGAAGUGAAUAAAUACCUUGAGAAAAUUUGUGAUCAUAUUGUUCUAAACCCAGAUAAACAGUUUGUGAGUUCUAUAAAUAACAUGUUGGUAAAAAUUAGUGUACCUGAGAUGGCAGUAGGAUGUGCAAGUUGGGUUACUAAUAGGAUGCCUGCUGGUGGAAAUAGAGUUUUAUUUGCUACAAUGACUGUAAACUUUGCUGCUCAGUGGUCUGAGGUAGCUCCUGCUUCACAGAAUGUGAAACAAGUGCAUAAAAAGUUAGAUGCACUUCGUCAACAUUUAGCUAUUGAAAGAGAGCUGUACAAGUAUAAUAUAGCUACAGAAGCAGCCUUAUGUCUAAUUUCUUCUCCAUAUGAACUUGUAGAACAUUUAAUUGAGAAUUAUUCCUCGAUAGCUCUUCAAACUAUAAAAGUUUGCAGAGCAUCUGUAAACAUAUCUAGUAUUGUUGACAUUAACCUGAAAGACAUCUUUCUCAAAUUUAUCAACAAGUGGUUAAAUGUUUCUGGCAGCAGUUUGGUUAAUCUCAAUGAAUCACUAAUGUUGAAUGGUUGCCCUGAAAAAAAAGAUCUGGAGGAAAGUAUUUGUGAUGAAAAUAUCUUAAGGACAAUCCAUUUGUUUUUAGGUCUUCGUGAAAUUGAAUCAUGGGAUGUGUUUGAGCUCUUAAAAAUGAAUCUGCAUGAAAUGGAUCUAGUUCAACAGUGCAGAUGUCUGUUUUGCUUGAUCCCUGUUCUGGGUUUUACUGCUGUUGCUGAAAUAAUUGGUGGAGAAAAUUCUGAAGCUGAGAAAACAUUAGUUUCUUUUAUGUGUAUUGCUGAAUUAGAAAGUCUGGGACUUCCUUUUACUGUCAAAAUGCUUGCUAACAACAGUAAAUUGGAAUUAAUCCACACUAUUUUGUCAAGACAUUUUAGCAAUCUCAAAGCUCUUAUUUUAUGCAUAAGGAUAUGCUUAGAAUAUGGUAUCUGGGAUUACUCUGUAUGGGAACUCAUUCUGAAAUAUUUUUCUGCAAAAUCUGUGACAGAAUCACUUCAAGCUGUCUUACCAUCAGUACAAGGCAAACUAAUGCAUUUAUGGCAUUCUGAAACUUUUAUUUCUGCUUGGAAGUCCAUUUUACAAUUAGUUUUGAAAGAUGAAAACGCUGCUCCCAAAGGUAAAAUAUUGAAGCUGUCUAAAGCUCUGCUGAGAUGCCCUUGUACUUCGGCUAUUAACCCCGAAAUUUUAUGGAAUGAAAUCAAAAAUGCUCUUUCUGAAGAGAAGAAUAUAGAUAGUACUCAACCUGUCCACGAUGUUUACUCCUUGUUUCUGGUUUUAAGGAAUAUUUCUAAGAAUUAUUUUAAAUGAAGAAAAUGAAGAUCAUUUUCUGGGAACAUUUUCAAUGUGUUUGCUUGAUGUAUCAAUUUUAUUACAGACAGAAAUUCUUACAUUUUAAAUCAAGCAUUUAAAUAAAAAGGCAUGUAAAUAUAUAUUAUGUGGAAUUUAAUCCCUGUACAUGUAAAUAUUUAAAUUGAUUAAUAUUUUCUUAACUGCUUUUAUGCU